CAGUGACGAUGGCGAGGAUGCACUGAGUGUUGAGGGCCUUCUGUUUCGUGCAAAAUUAGAAAUUGUCAGGUCAAUGUACAAGUGCAGCCAUUUUUCAUGAAAAAAAUCUACUGUUGCAAUAUUUUUGAAUUGAUUCAGUAAUUAAUUUAUUGAGGCAUUGAUUAUUGUGCUUGAUGAUUUUCUGACAAUCUGGAAGCGGGCAGUUGGGUUCUUCGGGGGAUCAGAAUUGUGUAGCCUCGAGGGAUCGACAUUCCUCGGAGUUCAGGUAUUGUUUAUGAGCAGCUCUUGAUAACGAUACAAUGGCAGAAAUGAAAGGCCCAACCGCAGCCCAACAUAUGGACGAGAUGAGGAUCUGUGGGAUCGAGGGGGGAUGUACGCACUCUUUGUUGAUUGUAAUGGACGGCAAUGGCAAACGAUUGGUGGAGGUGCCCGGACCUGGUACAAACCACUGGGGCCUGGGGAUGGAGGAAACCACUACCAGAAUCAACAGUAUGAUAGACAAAGCGAAAGAAGCCCUGGGGAUACCGUUAUCACAGCCAAUGGACUGCACAGGCCUGUGCUUGAGUGGCUGCGAGGAGGAGGAGACAAAUCAAAAGCUCGUGGAGAUUCUGUCGAAUAAUUUUCCAAAUGCCAGUAGAGAUUACGUUGUGGGAAGUGACUCACUGGGAAGCCUGAAGACAGGAUCGGACUCUGGGGGAAUUGUAUUGAUUGCUGGUACUGGAAGCAAUGCAGUCCUGGGUAAUUCUGAUGGGAGUAUUCACGGUUGUGGGGGAUGGGGUCACAUGAUGGGGGAUGAGGGAGGAGCAUUUUGGAUUGCUCACAAAGCGGCGAAAUACGUCUUUGACGACCUAGAUGGUCUCCAGAAGGCUCCACAUCCUAUCAGCUAUGUCUGGCCGGCAAUGAGGAGCUUCUUCCAUGUGCCAAACAGAAAGGCAAUGCUCCCUCACCUGUAUAAUAAUUUCGACAAGAGCAAGUUCGCCAUGUUCACGAAGGAAUUGGCCACUGGGUGUGAAAACAACGAUCCUCUGUGUCUAUUGCUAUUCAACUCUGCUGGAAAAAUGCUGGCCAAGCAUAUAAAUGCAGUGGCACCAAAGGCACACAACGAUAUAAAGCUGGGGAGAGGUGGCCUCAAAAUCAUCUGCGUCGGUUCCGUUUGGAAGUCCUGGGACUACAUGAAGAAGGGCUUCACUCAGAAAAUCCAAGAGGCCAAGCUCGUCGAUGAACUCACCCUUCUGGAAUUGAUAGCACCCUCGGCGAUUGGUGCCUGUUACCUUGCUGCUGAUAAAAUCAAGUGCGAGGGGCUGGUGAGGGCCUACAACGAACAUACAAACGCGUUUUACCACUAUAAACGUGAGAACAUUCCCACGGGUGGAGUUUCGACGGUUGACCCUUGCUACGAGGCAUGUGUUGUCUCUUCCUCAUAGAGGACCAACUGCUCUAUUAUCAAUUACUCCGUACUGAUACCGUGUGCCUUGGAAAAUUCAAAUCGUACUGUCAUCAGAGAAUUAUUUUUGUAUUUUUGUCUACAUGGAAGAAAAAAAUUAAAUUUAUGGAAUGAAA